AUGGCAGCUCUACCUAGGCCUGCAUCUGCUCUAGCAAGCAAGAAACAUUCUAUGCGACCGCCAAUGACACGCCCAGGCACGACCCGCGCCCAAUCGAGUGCUCCUGCUUUGCAUUCACGAUCUGGAGCAGCAUCGCCCGCAGACAGUAUUAUCUCAGCGACAACAAGUGCGUCGCAUUCAAGAUCGCCUGGUAAAAAUGGAGGUGUCAAGCGGAAACAGAGGGAAUUUGAUUCCGAUGCCGGGGAGGAGACGAACAUCAAUGUGGUCGUGCGAUGUCGGGGGCGCAGUGAUCGAGAAGUCAAAGAAAAUAGUGGAGUGGUCUUACAGACAGAUGGAGUAAGAGGGAAGAAUGUAGAGCUAUCCAUGGGGCCAAGUGCGUUGAGCAACAAGACAUAUCAUUUCGACAAAGUCUUCGCACCGGCUGCGGACCAGUCUAUGAUUUACGAUGAUGUUGUGACACCCAUCUUGGAUGAGGGCUUCAAUUGUACCAUAUUUGCUUAUGGCCAGACCGGAACGGGAAAGACGUAUACGAUGUCAGGAGAUAUGUCUGAUACGCUUGGUCUUGUGUCGGACUCUGCCGGUAUCAUUCCAAGGGUAUUGCAUUCACUGUUCCGCAAGCUUGAUGCAGACGACGGUGAGAGCUCAGUCAAAUGCUCAUUCAUAGAACUAUACAACGAGGAGCUUCGAGAUUUGCUUUCACCCGAUGACAGCACAAAGCUCAAAAUCUUUGAUGAUGCUCAAAAGAAAAACCAUGGAGCAACAAUGGUGCAGGGAAUGGAAGAAGCGUACAUUAAAACGGCUGGCAAUGGUAUCAAGUUGCUGCAGGACGGAAGUCACAAACGUCAGGUUGCAGCAACAAAAUGCAACGACUUAAGCUCAAGAAGCCACACUGUCUUUACAGUCACAGCAUAUAUCAAGCGGACAGCAGAAAAUGGCGAAGACUUUGUCAGCGCUGGCAAACUCAAUCUCGUUGACUUGGCUGGAAGUGAGAACAUUCAGAGGAGCGGCGCUGAGAAUAAACGGGCGGCAGAAGCUGGUCUGAUCAACAAAAGUCUGCUUACUCUGGGACGUGUCAUCAAUGCUCUCGUAGAAAGAAACUCGCACAUUCCAUAUCGGGAGUCGAAACUCACCCGUUUACUCCAAGAUUCACUAGGCGGCAGGACGAAGACUUGCAUUAUUGCAACGGUCUCUCCUGCUAAGAGCAACCUGGAGGAAACUAUCUCGACCCUUGACUAUGCUUUCCGAGCUAAGAACAUUCGAAAUAAGCCUCAGAUCAACCAAAUGAUCUCGAAAAAGACUCUUCUCAAGGAAUUCACGACUGAGAUUGAGAAGCUCAAAGGCGAGCUUGUUGCUACCCGACAACGGAAUGGUGUAUACCUGACAGCUGAGUCUUACGAUGAUAUCAUGGGUGAAAGUGAGUCAAGAAGGAUCUUGAGUGAAGAACAAGCGCAACGAAUUGAAACGAUGGAGACAUCAUUGAGGAACAAAGUUCAAGAGCUUUUCACCCUGACCAACAACUUUACUUUCCUGAAAAAGGAUCAUGAUACGACAAAACAGACUCUAGAUGACACCAAGGGAGUUUUGGACAAGACUGAACUGGUGCUGGCAGAUACCAAACAAACACUGACAGAUGAGACUACCUUGAGAAGGGCAUACCAAUCUACUGAGAAACAGCUUCAGAGUGUUGGUGGUGAAAUUCUUUCCACACUUGAGCAAACGACUAGUGACAUCAGCGGACUUCACUCGAAGAUCGAGCGGAAGUCUGAUUUACAAGCACAAAACUGCCAAAAGUGGCAGCAGUCGCAGAACCAGGUCACAGAUGUUACAGAGCUGGUAGAAUGCCGAAUCAGCGAAUUUCAACAGCAGCAGCAUGCUCUUGUUGGAAAUGUUUCAUCUCGGGUGCACGAGUUUGUCCAGACAGAGCUAGAGCAGUUGGGCAGCUCGCAAAGCAUUUUGCGAGAACAGGUGAAGUCCUUUGAGGUGUCAGAGAAAAACGUAACUCAACAGACCUCCAAUGCCAAAGAAGAUAUGAAUGAUGUUCUGGAAGAAAUUAAGGAGCUCCGAGAAGACGUCAAGAUCAAGGUCGGUGAGGGGCUGAACAGCUUGUCGGCAGCAGCAGGACGUAUUUCUGCAGAAGUCAUCAAGGAACUUGGUACCUUCCAAUUACAGUUACACACCUCUUAUAGCUCUCUUGGUAAAGAUUUCAAAGGUAUUUUCGAGGAUCUCGUCCAGCGCAUGGGCGCCCAAAAGGCGGAGGCAGAAGAGCUCCGCAAACAGAUCUCGGAGGCAGCCACUGCUGCUGUGCAAGCUGACGAAGCAGUCUCUGGUCUAUUAGAUGCAUGUCUGAACGAAGAGCGAGCUAAGGCCAGCCAAGAGAGGCAGGUUUUGCUCAAUUCGAUAACCAAAUUAAUAAAUCAAUCCGCUGAGACACAAGAUGCCCGAUGGACGUCUCGAGUUAAUGCCGUCAGACAGGACAUCAGCAAGUCGAAAACUAAUCUCGAAUCCUCGGAAACAGCGUACUGCGAAGGCAUGCAUAAGUGGUCGAAGGAGGAAUGUUCUCUCGUCGAUGGCGUCCUUAAAUCAAGGGAGACCCUGAAGACGAAGAUGAAGGAAGAUUGGAAGGCGGUCAACGAACACAAUACAACAAUUCAGACUACCACGAAAGCUGUACAUGCAGAGACCAUCCGCGUCGUUGACGAGCAGAUGAAGGAUAUGGCCAAGCAAAUGCAGGCUCUAGAUGAUUUUGUGACCCGAGCAAGAUCCCAGAACGAGAGACACCACCGGAAUCACCUCCAGUCCCUUCAAGGCUUAGCCUCAGAUGUCAGAGAGUCAUACUCCAGUAUUGGCAACCACUUCACCACAACCUACGACAGAAUCCGAGAAGUAGGUGCUGACAUUACCGAGAAGAGCUCAGUGGUUCGAGGUAUUCUUCCACCGCUUGAUUCCAGCCUCAAGCAACCUCUUGCAGACCUUCGAACACAAAUAUCGGGCACGGACCUUGAGGAGUAUAGGCCAACAGGAGAAACCCCUCGAAAAGUUCUGUACCACUAUCCCAAGUCUCUUCCACAAUCUCAGUCGCACGACAGAAUACUUGGCCGCGAGCUUGUCAACCCAGCGAUAGUGUCUAGACAAUCACUAAGCAAAUCUCCGAGCAAAGCAAUGGUCUACAACGACGGUCCGGACAACGGUCAAGGAUCAACUUCACCCUCCAAGAACAAGGACGAUACGAUAGGCCUCCGAGAGAUAAGUCUGAACGUCAACGCGGCAAUCAACCGCAACAACAGCGACUCAACUGCUCCCAUACUGCUAGCUACGAAAUCUGAUCCUGACUUCUCUACUUCCAUGCCGCCUCCACUGAAACGGCAAGCAACUGAGAGUAAGCUCCCGAUGAAGCUGCGCGGAGGAGGCAUGGUGAAGUUGGAAGGGCGAGAGAAUCUGAGUGCCUCGGUAGGGAGUGGCGGCGUGACGGGGAGAAGGCUGAGGAGCAGCCCGACUAAUUGA